AUGGCUCGACUAAUAGCACUGGCUGGACUGUCCCUUUUUAUGUGUCUUCAAAUGGUGUCUUCUACCAAACUGGUGUGCUACUUCACCAACUGGUCCCAGUAUAGACCAGGUGUUGGCAAAUAUCUGCCUGCCAAUGUGGACCCCAACCUCUGCACACAUCUGAUCUACGCCUUUUCAAUUAUCAGCCAUUCAAACGAGUUGGCACCCUAUGAGUGGAAUGAUGAUGUUCUUUAUAAAUCCUUCAAUGAACUCAAGAAUAGAAACUCCCAGCUGAAGACUUUGUUGGCUGUUGGUGGCUGGAACUUUGGAACAGCACAAUUUACCAUCAUGGUUUCAUCCCCUGCCAACCGCCAGAGAUUCAUCCAGUCUUCUAUCAGAUUCUUAAGACUGCAUGGCUUUGAUGGGCUGGACUUGGACUGGGAGUAUCCUGGAGCACGAGGAAGCCCACCAGAGGACAAGAAGAGGUUCACUGUGCUCUGCCAGGAAUUACUCGCUGCCUUUGAAAAAGAAGCCGCUGAGACCAAAAAACCACGAUUGCUGCUCACAGCUGCAGUGGCUGCUGGCAAAGGAAACAUUGACAAUGCAUAUGAGAUUGCUGAAGUCUCAAAGUUCCUAGACUUUAUAAAUGUCAUGACGUAUGACUUCAAUGGAGCAUGGAACUCGUUCACUAGUCACAACAGCCCUCUGUACCGCGGCUCUUUCGAUGAGGGGGACAACAUCUACUACAAUGCGGACUUUGCUAUGAAAUACUGGAGAAACCAAGGAGCUCCUCUUGAAAAGCUCCUACUCGGUUUUGCCACAUAUGGACGCACAUUUCGAUUAUCUUCAGCGGCUAACGGUGUGGGAGCAUCCGCCAGCGGACCAGCCUCUGCUGGGCCUUACACCCGUGAAGCUGGGUUUUGGUCCUACUAUGAGAUUUGCACUUUCCUCCAAGGAGGCGGUUCCAGCUGGAUUGAUGAGCAAAUGGUGCCCUAUGCCACUAAAGGAAAUGAGUGGGUUGGGUUUGAGAACAGGGAGAGCUUUAAAAUCAAGGCACAGUAUCUGAAAGAUAACAAAUUUGGAGGAGCCUUCAUCUGGGCUCUGGAUUUGGAUGAUUUUACUGGACAGUUCUGCAGACAGGGGAACUAUCCCCUCAUUAGGAAUCUGCGCUCUUUCCUGGAUUCAGAUUUUCCACCUCCCCCUCCUGUAACCACACAUCCACCGGUGGUCCCUUCAAACCCCACAACUGCUGCUACUGCUACUGCUACUACGACUACCACUUCCAAAACUACCACCACAAGUGCUGUUUCUGGAGGUGAAUUCUGUGCCGGCAUAGCUGACGGCCUCUACAAAAAUGACAAGGAUGGAAACUCCUUUUAUCAGUGCGCCCAUGGACGCACAUACAUCCAGAGAUGUCCAGUUAAUCUUGUGUUCAGUGAGAGUUGCAAGUGCUGUGACUGGUCUUAA